ACAUUACCUACAAUACAUGUUUACAGCCCUGACCAAAGAAAACAUAUUCCCUGCGUACAUUGCUGAGGCCAAGUCGGAUGACAAACAGAUCGCUUACUACAAUAAUGAAGAAAGAGAAUGGAUAAGAGAGAAUCUGACUGACUGGACCAAUGCUCCUGCAGAACCACCUGAAACUAGACAAUGGUUCCUAGAUCUGCUGUACGAUCUGUCAAAGUGCAGAACAUCUGCAAACUGUUCUUAUCAUGUUCUUCAGAGAAUAACUGGCUGUAAACUGGAGAAACUUCCUGAUGGAACAAAGAGUGUGACUGUCUUUGAUGAAUAUGCAUUUGAUGGAGAGGAUUUUAUAUCAUUUAAUGCUGACACUAUGAAGUGGAUUGAUAAAAGCCCCAAAGCCAAAGAAACCAAAAUGAAAUGGGAUCAUCAAACAAAACGUAAAAAACUCUUCAGGCUUUAUCUCAAAAACUGUUCUGAGUGGAUCCUCACAUUUAACAACACACAAAAAAGAUCUCCAGAUGUUCAUGUCUUUGCGAAGAAAUCUCCUGAUGCUGAAUGUAAGCUGAAUCUGACGUGUCUGGCCACUGUUUUCUACCCUAGAGAUGUUGAGAUGAUAAUUAGAUUGAACAAAACUGAACUUGAGAACCAAACAUCUUCUGAAAUCAGACCAAAUGGUGAUGAAACCUUUCAGAUGAGAAUCAGUGUGAAGAUCGACAGAAACCUCAAAGGAUCUUAUGAUUGUCUGCUCAUUCACAGCAGUCUGACUGAACCAGUUUCAGUAGAAUGGGAUGGAAAACUGUGGAAAACUUCUAACUGUGAACCAGAAACUGGAUGGCGUGUUAUAGUAGGAGUAGUAGGUGUGUUUGUACUUGUAGUUCUCGCUGUGAUUGGUUGUUUCAUCUACAAAAGCAGAAGGUCAAAUGGUCUGAUGACAAAUGUCCGCUAUUAUGGAGGAGUGAAUGAGCAGUUACCAGGACAGAGAUGAUGAGUAUGACUGUAGUAGAGGAAAAUAUUAUGAUAUACUUAAAAUUUUGGUUCAUUCGUAAGAAAUAACAAUAUUCAUAAUUUCUAGCUCCAUUUUGCAAAAAGUUUUUUUCAUUUUUCGCUUUUGUUUUUCCAACUGUUUUGAAUGUGUCACUUUGAUAAGAAAACUUCUCAUGACACACUGUUUAUUAUGUUCCUUCAUGCACAGUUAAAAUGUGUGGGUUUUUUUGUUUGUUUGUUUGUUUUUUUACAAUUUAAGAGUUUCUUGAAACAUAAUCGGCACAAUCAUAAUAUGUGUGUUAAAUGAAAUGUAAUUCUUUUUAUAGCAGUGAAACAUCAGAGUGAAAAUGCUCCUUUCUAUCUUUCUAAAUCAAAUGAUAAACAAAUUCAUUAACCACUUCUGGCUGCUGAGUUGCACAACUGUUGUUGUCUAUCUUGUGUUUUUGUGUGUUAAAGGGGAACUGUGUGAUUUCUGCACCAAUAAAAUCACCAAACAGGACUGGAAAAAUAAUAAUUACUGUUUCAAAAACUCCUCUUUUCUGUCAUGCAGUACACCAGAAGACUGCAAUGGCUCGUUUCCACCAAGCGGUACAGUACAGUACAGUACAGUACAGUACAGUAUGCAAUUAUGUCGGUUUCUAUUGUCAGAAAUUGUGAAUGGUGCCAAAAUCCCAAACUGUAAGUUACCACUUUUUUGGGACCCUUCCGUUGGGGUACCAAGCACAGUAGUCCGAUACUUAAAGGGUGGAGGUAUACACUCACUGCAGAAAAUUGAUUGGUUGACAGAGAAUCAUCACUAGCGCAUGCAACAAGUGUCAAUAUAACCUGCAGCUCCUCAUGUCGAUGAUAAAAGAGAGACUGACAUGACAUAUAUUUGUCUUUACUACAAAAUAUCAAAGCAUAUAAACGAACACACUCCAUCUGAGGUGCAAGCCAAGAAAGAUAAACCAAAAUUCACCAACUUUUCGGUGAAUAAAACUUUUUGCAAGAGAGUGUGCAGUCAUAUCUUUACGGUGGCGCAUUGCUGCCACAUACAUAUUAUUUUUUCCAC